AAAUUAAUGACGCUUCGUGCAAAGUGUCAAAGAGGCCAACUCUAAAUUUUCUCUGCCAACUUGGACGAAAUUUAAAACCGUCACGAUGUUUGGCCUAUGUUCUCAGUUUCAAAAUAGAAAUGCCUGACGAAUAAGGUCCAGCGCAGGCUUUGUAUGUUUUCUGAACGUUGAAAGGGCAAAUAGAACGAACCAAUGCGUGCAGGCAGCCAAUAGUAAUGGAUUUACACGGGUAUUAGCCUACAUAAAGGCACAGCCAAGGCAGUGAGUGAACAUUGCUUUUCGGGUAAUCAAAGCCGAAUAAUAGGUCACAAAAUUAGCAACGUUGGAUUAUUUAAAUAAGAAUUUCCCAAAAAAUAACUGCGCUGAUCGAGUUGAUUCAAUGGAAGAAUACUACGAAAUCGUUUUGGCGUAAGUCAUGGCGAAUGGGAUUCAGGGAAAUUCCAAAAAACGUGAGCAAAAUAUACUUUCAUGAUGCCUAGAACUUUGCAAUGCCGUUAUUUAAGGCGAGAAAGAAGCGUGUAGGCCCGCAAGAGCCAGACGUGAUCGAAGAAAUUCUCUCCGAUACAUCAGCAACGACUUCAGAGUCGGCUGCUGUUAGUGAAAAUGGCUUGCCGUGCGAAUCGGCAGAAGCCGAGCCAAGCGCUAAGAAAUGGAAGCUUCUCUGCCGCAUGGACGACCCCGAGGAAGAAGACAUAUCGGCGUCAGCGUACCCGCGUCAUGUACUUCACAGGCGUAGUGUGACAUUACCGAUCGUUCUACCAACAAUCGCGUUACAAGACGAACCAAAGCGCGCGCGUAGCGCCGGCUACACCAAUCAACAGUCCAAAGAUUCGUCCAGUUCCACUAGCCGGACGUCGAGUCCCUCGGUUAGAUCCGAGGAUUGCAUUCUAGAAGACUUAGAGACUAAAAUGGCACUCUCGCCACUGAAUGGAUUCGCGCAAGGUGCCUGGCUAUCAAUGGACGAGGGCGAGCAAUGCGACGGCUACUUGAACGAUGAUCCAAUUCUACAGUAUGACGUCGAUAAGCUGGCUAACUUCAAAGCGAGAAAAAAGUUUCGAAAGAGGACGCUUGAACAAAUUGAAGCGACUUUAGAAUGGACCUCUAACCCCGAAAAAUUCCAUCGAUGUAUUCUUCAAUUGCGAGAAAUAGGGUCAAGCGAUGAGAUCAACGCAAAAGAUUCAUUACAAGAGUCUAAGAAUGAAAAUGGCUCUUUUACAAAGGGUUUAAAAAACAAACGUGUUUCUUUCGCACCGGAAAUUCUCCUCUUUUUCGCAAUAGAAGACAAUCUAGCGAAAGACUUGGAAAGGGUUAUAAGGGUACAUAAUCUAAAUCUGAGGGAUUUCUCGACAAGACACGGUGUGUAUCCAUUGCACAAAGCAGUCGAGUGUGGAUCACUUAGCUGUGCGCGCGUCUUGUUGAGACAAGGGGUUGAUGUAGACGCAAAAGAUCUGCGCGGGAAAACACCACUUUAUAUUGCCUACAGUAAUCGACAUUUUGACUGUUUCAUGCUGCUAAUCGAAGCCGGAGCCGACGUACACGAACAUAUAUCACAUAUAUUAUGGGAAUUUAGGACCGCGAAGGAAAAAUCUAAGCUCUGUUUCACCUCAGUCUAGGCAAAUGUUUAAAAGCGAAAUUUAUCCAUUAAAUGAAAACCAUAUAACAUGCAA